AUGACACACUGUACCGAAUCCCGAGCUGUAGAUGCAGCCAUUAUCUACGUGUCCGUACAGGAGAUCCAUGGCCGAUAUCAUUGUCCUGUAGUCACACCGCUCAGACAAUGGCUUCCCCCUCCCCCCUCCGAUCCCUACACUAUGGCCGCAGCCCCGCGUCCUGUCAUCUGGGGGCGCCACAUACUCACCGGGGUGCGGGGUGUCCGGCCUGCGGUGCGGGGUGCGGGCUCCUGGGGCUCGGCUCCUCCAAUAUGGCGCGGGCCCAGCAGCAUCCGCAACAGAGCUUGGGAAGAUGCCGCACCGUGUGAGGGGAGGAGAGAUGACGGAGGAGGGGAGGCCAAAACCCGGGGCGGAAAGGGACGGACGGGAUGUGAGAGGAGGGACGGCACAAAGAGGAGGGGAGAGACCGAGGUGUCCCCGGGAGCUAAGUGUCGAGGAGGUGGUGCUAAGCUGCUCAAGUGCCUGGUAUGCCUACUCAUUCUCCCUCACCUCUCAGACCCUCCUUCAGUUACAUACAGGGCUCUCUACAUCAGACAAGGAAGGGAUCGGAGCAUGCCGUCGUGCAUUGUGAAUGGAUGUAACAGUUCCUGGAAGAUUAAAGAUCCGGAUUUAGUUCUUCAUUCUUUUCCAAGGGAUAUAAAUAUAAUAAAAAGAUGGCUGCUGGAGACACCUCAGGACUUUGGGGACUUCGAAGCUAUGUGUCAAAAGAUUUUCCUUAGUGCAAAGGGAGCUUUUCGUAUCUGCUCCAAACACUUCAGUUUUGACUGUUACGAAGUCAGAGGAACAACUCGAUGCCUAAAAAAAGAUGCCCUGCCGACCAUAUUUCCAUCAGCAUCCUCUAUCAAAACCUCCAAAUCCAAAAGUGUCAAGAAAGACGAGAAACCGAUAUGCAGCUUUGCAGGCAUCGAACGCUUUGAUCAUUUGUAUGCUCGCUCGCCGCUACUUUCGUGUCCUACAAUAUCUGUGUCCAUCGCUUCUUCCGAUGUGAUCGAUGUUGAUUCUGAACAAAGCUUAUCGGAAGAAACUGCUGUGACGGUUAUAGAAUUACCGAUACAUCAACCUAACAGAGAUCACCGCAGAGGAUUCAUGAGAAGGGGUGUCCGCACCAGCCAUACGCGGUCCAUUGGUACUAUGACUGAUUAUUUUCCAGGCCAGGUUCAUAAAUCCACACAAACUGAUCCUGUGUUCGGCACUAAAAACAAGAAAGUAAUGGCCAAUAUUUCCAAGUCGAAUAAAACACUCGGCAUACAGUGCCAUGUUGUAGAAGAAGCCAUAGGCGGUACACUCAUAAGCAGUAGGACUUCUGAAAAUAACCUUAACCAAGAGUCACCAAAUGUUUACCCAUCAAAGUCCCCUCAGGUCUGGAUUGCACCCAUUCCUUCAAAAUCCAGGAGGGUUAUUUGCAGGCAACUGGAAAGACAACACCCAAUAUUUUAUAUGAUUUAGGUCAGUGUGAACAGUUCAAGGACCAAAACUAUUUUGAUCCUGCAUUUGGAAAUCUGAUUACAGAAAGCUGUAUCUUAAAGGGGAACUCCAGUGAAAAAGUUUUUUUCAUAUCAACUGGCUCCAGAAAGUGAAACAGAUUUGUAAAUUACUUAUAUUAAA